CGUUAUGCGAACUUAUUGGGGCAUUUGAAGUUGAGCAACGAUCACUUCUUUGGAUCUCCGUCUUUUUUGUUCCCUUUAGGAAGAUGGUUGGAAUUCAUACUCUACAUUGGUCAACAGGUGAAUGGCCCCCCCGAUUUUAUCUUGCAGCUUUACUGAUAGUGAGCACCUGUGGCCCAAGCUCCCCCCAGCGUGCCCCUCCAGUGACAACAAGUCCGCGCUCAGCUUUCUCUGCGACGCGUAGCAGCAGCAUACUGGGGGGCAAGCAGAGUGUCGUGACCUUUAACAAGCUCUUGGUCAACAUCGGAAGGGACUUCAAUCCAGACACUGGUUACUUUCGUUGCCGCCUCCCAGGAGUGUACUACUUCUCCUUCUCGAUGGGGAAAUUCCCAAACAAAAUGCUCUCCGUCAUUUUGGUGAAAAACGGGCGGGAGGUGCAGGCCAUGGCUUAUGAUGACUACCGCAAGAAGGGCAGAAAAGUUCAAAGUCAAAGCAUAAUGAUCGCAUUGGAGGAAAUGGACACAGUGUGGUUAAUGUUGCAGCAGAAUUCUCAGUAUGCUUUGUACAGCAAUGCCGGCCCUUACGUCAGCUUCUCUGGUUACCUCGUCUAUCCCGACACCUCUCCAAGCAGCUACAUCAGCAACCACCUGAUGCCUCACCCAGACUGUCCCCCUCAGGUCAGACGUCAGCCAUUUGAGCAGCCCAGAUCAGCCUUCUCUGUUGCACGGACAUCCACGUUUAUAGGCCAGCGUCGCAAGCAGCAGCACAAGUCACCUCUGACCUUUGACGUCGAAUUCGUCAACAUCGGGGGCCAUUUCAAUAAAUCCUCGGGCAGGUUCACCUGCCGCUUCCCCGGGGCUUACUAUUUUGCAUUCACAGUGGGUAAACACCCUCGGAAGGCUCUUUCUGUGAAGCUGAUGACCGGGGAGGGCGCGGUACAGGCCAUGGUGUUUGACGACGAUACGUCCAAGAGACGGGAGAUGCAGAGUCAGAGUUUGAUGCUUUCCCUUCACAAGGGCGACACUGUGUGGCUGUACAGUCAGCAGGAUAAUCGCUACGCUGUAUACAGCAACCAGGGGAGGUACACCACCUUCUCAGGCUUCCUGGUGUAUCCCGAGGCCAACUCACUCACAUACACACAUAAAUGAGCACAGAACUGUAAAUGCUUUUUUACUUUUAUUAGCAAAUAGUCAAGUAGUCAAACAAAAAGAGUUUUGCUAUUUUAUUUUAUUUGCAAUAUUUCAUUUAAGAACUAACCAAAGGUAAUUGCAUUGUUUGAGCUAUAAGCAAAUAUCUCCACGAGGUGGUGCUGUAACACAGUUAUCCAUGUUCUUAUAAAAAUGCUACGUACAUGGAGCUCUAAAAUAAAACGGUGCGUAAGGGGCAUGACGCCAAUCAUGUACAUUUUGUAUAGUUAUCUUGUGAGCUGGUUGAACAUGUGAAAUUACUGUAAUAUCAUUUCAAUAGUGAUAUUUUUAAUUAUGUGUAUUCAAUGUAAGAAUAAACACAUGAGAAUUCCACAAGUUAUUUGAUUUGAUUUCUUGACUGUACAGUAUAUGUAGCUGGACUGAUCAGCUGUAAGAAAUUAGAUUUUACCCUACUAUGUCAUUUCUAUAUACAGUACAAUGGUUAAGUUAUUACAAGAAAUACAUCUAGAGAUAUUCUGCAGCAGCUAACCUACCGCUGAAUAAAAGUAGUAGGUAGUUCACCAUAUAACCACAUCAGAAAUUAAAAUACCAUCAAAUUUGAAUAAAUAGAAAGAGAAUGUCAAAAUUCCAAAAUAUGUGGGUAGCAUAUAUUCUCUUUGUGCUUGCGUGUGUUACCUCAGGGUACCCAGAUUUUUUUCCAACAGUACAAAAGCAUGCACGUUAGCUUAAAUAAAGAUUCUAAACUG